CUGAAAAUUGCCGCUGAGGCAAAUCUUCAAGUCUCCACUCGUUCAUUACGUUUCCGAACGAGCAAGUGAGAGGACUGUCGUGGCUUUGUUCUUAAAUUUCUUCCAGAAGUCCUUACUUGAUUCAAAAUGGGUAGGGAGGACAAAGCAAGUUGGAAAGCAGGAUACUUCGUAAAAAUCGUGCAACUACUGGACGAGUACCCAAAAUGUUUCAUCGUCGGCGCCGACAACGUUGGCUCCCGCCAGAUGCAGACCAUACGUAUCUCACUGCGCGGCACAGCUAUCGUACUGAUGGGUAAGAACACCAUGAUGCGUAAGGCUAUUCGUGGUCAUCUGGAGGAGAACCAACAUCUGGAGAAGUUGCUGCCGCACAUCCGUGGAAAUGUUGGCUUUGUUUUCACCAAGGGAGAUCUGGUAGAAGUUCGUGACAAACUGAUGGAAAGCAAAGUCCGCGCUCCGGCCCGUGCCGGUGCAAUCGCUCCACUGGAAGUCGUUAUUCCAGCUCAAAACACCGGUCUUGGUCCGGAGAAAACAUCUUUCUUCCAGGCGCUGUCCAUCCCGACCAAAAUUUCGAAGGGUACAAUUGAAAUCAUCAACGAUGUACCCAUUUUGAAGCCGGGAGACAAAGUUGGUGCUUCCGAAGCUACUCUGCUCAAUAUGCUGAACAUCUCUCCGUUCUCAUACGGUUUACAAAUUGAGCAGGUCUACGAUUCGGGUUCCAUUUUCUCACCGGAUAUUUUGGACAUCAAACCGGAGGAUUUGCGUGCCAAGUUCCAGGCUGGAGUGGCCAAUUUGGCAGCAGUGUCGCUGGCGAUCGGCUACCCAACGCUGGCUUCCGUGCCGCACAGCAUUGCCAACGGCUUCCGAAACCUGCUGGCCAUUGCUGCCGCCACCGAGGUUGACUUCAAGGAGGCUCAAACGGUGAAAGAGUUUAUCAAGGACCCGAGCAAAUUCGCCGCUGUGGCUGCACCGGCUGCUGCCGCAACCGCAGCUGCUCCUGCCGCUGCUGCUGUAGAGGCAAAGGAAGAAUCCGAGUCGGAAGACGACGAUAUGGGCUUUGGUCUUUUUGACUAAAGAUCCUGGUGCUCGAUAUCAGUCCGUUGCUAAAUGUUCCCGCAAUGUACUAAUAUCUACUGCGGUGAGCGGACACAAUUGCCAUCGUGCGGUCGUAUCCACUCGUCCUGGGCUUGCGACAGGGUCCUCAUGGCGAUGUACGACUGGAGAAGCAGUGUGAAUUUUCGUUUCCAUAUUACAUAUUGAAAAUUUGCGGGAACUUAUUAAAACAAGUGUAUUUUGUGGAAUAAAAUACAUAUGAAA